AUGCGACCUGUUCCGGACCUGCCACCAUUCUCUCGUAAAUCCUCCUUCGACCCUCCUUCCCCGUCCCUUGAUCCCCACAGCACCGCCCCCACAACCUUUUUCUUAUCCCAUAGUCCGCAUGCCUCCGGUUCAGAGCCGGACUUCCUUCCAGAGGGCCCCGGGCUCCUCAAGGAGAGCAUGUACGGAGUACAAAGCCUAGGUGAAACACUAUCCCGGUCGGAGUUAGCUGCAAGCUCAUGCGACCACCCGGAAGAUCAGGCCCCAAACAGGGCCUUGCAUGAGUUUGGGGAUAUGGAAGAGUCAAAGAAUGCCCGACGGCGCUCAACCUUGAAGCCCUUUGGAUCUACAACCCGGGAAUCGUCUAUGCGACCAUCUCUCACUGACCCAACGUCUCGCCCUUUAACUCCGCUUCACCCCGAUGAGCCCUCUUCACUGCCCAGUAGUCCCAAGUCGAUCUCCAACCAAUCCCUCCGACCCCUCGACGAUAUUUCGAUCACAGAUGAAAUCAGUAGCCAGAUGAUUGAGUCGGACGAGGAGGAUAGGCCGAGGCUAUCCCCACGCCUGGGACCCCAUGGGGCCUCGCAACUUAUCAUGCCAAGUAUAAAGAUGCCCAGUCGCCGACCGUUCACAGAUAGGGGAAAGGUCAUGGGCCGAUUCAAGAUCCUCCUAGCUGGUGCACCAGGAACCGGCAAAACAUCUCUGAUCAAAUCCAUUGUCCAAACCUGUGAAGAUAUCGUACACGUUGAUUCCCUUCCUUCGGUAGAUUCUUCGUUGGAGAGACGCCGGUCCUCGCGCCCCCACUCUAGUUCGGUCCCCACUCGCGGGGCCGCUAUCACCGAGAUCUACGCUAGUACCAAGCCUUAUCCCCCCUGGUGGUCAGAUCUCGAAGAUUCGCGUGUGCUGCGGCGUCGGAAGAGUAUUGGGGAUAUUGUGCUGGAACGGAAUCUCUGCUUUGUUGACACACCUGCUACCUCACUGAGCCGUGCUGGUCAAACUGAUGCCGUUGUACAAUACAUGCGACAGCAACUCCAACGUGCAACAACGGCCCUUGCCGGCUCUGGGAUCGAUUUCCAGAAUUUGCUUGCAGGGAAUGGUGGCGCCCAAGUGGACGCUAUUCUAUAUCUCAUAUCAAAUGAUACCCUGACGGCUGACGUGCAGUGUAUUCGCAAGCUCUGCGAGCUGAGCAAUGUUAUACCGGUUUUGGCUAAAGCAGAUGCUCUGUCACCCGAAGAGAUAACAUCUCUAAAAAUUAAAUUCCAUGAACAGGCACAGGAUGCUGGGAUAAAACCCUUUAUGUUUGGUGACUUGCCAUCCGACGGAGGUUUUGCAUCUGAGCCUCAGCCUCCAUACACGGUGUCAUCUGAGAAGACCACCGACAUGGAAAUUAUGGAUGCCAGUACCCUCAUGAGUCCUGAUUAUGUCCAACCUCUCAGUGCAUCUGAACUUGAAAUCUUGGUGCAAAAGCUGUUUGACCGAGAUAACCUCGCCUGGAUGAGGCAUUCGGCCGCCAAAAAGCUAUUGCAGCGACGCGGUGAUUUCCCCCCUGUCCCACCGACGACCGCACCACUCCAUAACGCGCUUUCUGGGAAUACUGCAGGGUGGCGGGCUGUUCCAGGUUCAUCCAUGGAGACAUCAAUCUCACUCGGCGAGUCGACACCAAGUUACGCAAUGGCGCGUAUUGCAGACUACACGAGAAACGAAGAAAGCAUGGCCCAGGUUCGACUAGCACACUGGGCAACCGAUCUACAGCGAAGCCUGCAAAACGAACGUGACCGAUACGCAUCACUGGCCCGUGGUGACCGUGCGAUAUGGCUCACUGAGAAACUAAGCGAGUGUGUCGUAGAUGGUUCGCUCGUGCCCAUCUCCAAAACCCCUGGCUUCUGCGGACUUCAAAUCCCCACCCAUGAAAAAGGAUCGAAUGCUUUACACGCCAUAAACGUCCACAGAGGUACGACAUAUCGUGUUGCUAGCCUGAGUACGCAAGAUCCGUUGGGUGUUGUGGGCUGGAUUGACGACCUCGGACGACACGGCUGGGCGAUUAUGCAAGUCGUGGGCGGUGUUGGGGUUGUUGGCGGGUUGGCUUUCUGGCUUGCUCGUGCAUGGGGACUUCCAUCACGCACUUUAUCUGAAUUACAAGUGGAGUACUGGUUUGGAAGUCUAGAGCGAUGA